CAGAUCCUAUACUGCCAGAUAGCAAAGGUCGCCUCCACAAACCUCGGGAAGAUAUUCGCCGUGAUCGCUGGCAAGACCAACAGUUCCGAUCCUGAUGACAUUCCAUCAGAGGACGUCCAUUUCCGUCUGAACAAGCUGCAGCGCCACCUGGAUAACUACACGCGACCGGAAAUGCUGCACAAAAUCCAAAAUUACUACAAGUUUGUCUUCGUCCGAGACCCGCUGGAGCGAUUACUGUCCGCCUACAGAAACAAAUUCCUCAAGCCGGCGACAAGAUACUUUGCCUAUCUCAACAAGAAGCUGAUCUCUAAGUACCGCACCAACGCAACCCAGACCGGGGUGGUCUCGUUUUCGGAAUUCGUCGAGUAUCUUGUGGACGCCGAGAGAAAAGUGCCGAUGAAUGGUCACUGGCAGCCCUUCCACGAGCUGUGCUACCCGUGCCAGAUGAACUACGACUUUGUCGGUAAGUUGACCAGCUUUGGGGAGGACGUCGCCCAUAUUUUAAAGGUCAAUGGCUUAAGUGACGCGAUUCACGUACCCAAGGAAUCGUCCGUACACAGUUUUCAUAGGACGGAUCUUUACUUGAAACAGUUUUACCAGCAGGUUCCGAGGACGCUUUUGAAGAAACUGUACGUCAUGUAUUAUCCGGACUACGCCAUAUUUAAUUUUGAAUUACCAGACGUAAUAAAGGAAAUGUUAAAAUGA